AUAAACCUUUGUUGGCUCUUCAUUUGACUAUGAUAUAUAAGGUGUAUGUAGAUCGUAAAUGAAGUGUUACAUUUCGAACUACACGUCUACACAUCUUAAUGAGGCAUUGAAUUGACCAAUAAUGCUUGAUCGAAUAUUUCAGUUUUUAAGAAUUGAAUAGAUUUUUCUUCCCUAGGGCUUUCCGCCGUUGGGGUUCGUUUCCCGUUUUCGUUUAUUAACGAAGAACGGUGCUUAAGUUGUGGUGAAGGCGUACGACGGCAGUGGUCUGGGUUUCGUUGGAAGGGCUUGGUCGCGGCUUGGGUUUGGCCAAACAGGAAGACGCAGGGGACGAACGAAGGGAGAGGAUCUCCAUGUCUGGAGAAGUCGAUGCCGUGAUUACGGACUGGAAGAUCAUCCUUCCGGGGUUCCAAGAUCUGACGGAAUCUGUUUGGUGCACGGGGAAAUUGCUUUGGUGCAACAAAAAUGAUGAAGUAGAGGCGGUCGAGUCGGAGGAAAACCGCUUUGGUGCAACAACAAUCGUUGUGAGGGUCCGGCCUCCCCCAGAACCACCGCCAAGGGUUAAUCGACGCAUUUUGGAGUUUGCUUACUUAUCUUUUAUGCAUUUUAAUUUCCAAGUUAAAACGUUUGUGUUUUGUUGUUAUUUUAUUUUAUGCUGUAAGACUCUUGCAUUAGGUUUGAGUUUUGAAAGCUCUACAGUAAUCAUCAUUGGCUUUAAGUUGCCCAAUCUCGGUCUAGCGAGUUAUACUGCUUUUCUACAGGUGGUUAACUCUCAGUCUCGGCCACGGGCGGAUAAUUACUUAUGCAUGGUUCUUUU